AUGGGUGUGCUAAGUUCCCCGUUGAAUGGCAAAACAUUUGUGCUCGAACUUGGUCGAGAUGUUCGUUUUAAAGCUAAACAAGAACUAAUUAAUUAUCUACGUGAACAACAUGCUCAGAUUUCGUACAUUUUAACAGCUAGUACGGAUUAUGUUUUGGUUUCGAAUGAUAUUGACACGUAUAAAACUCGUCGAGCAAAGCAGCUCGGCAUUCCAUUGGUGAACGUUGAUUAUAUUCAUGAAUAUCGUAAAUCAACUAUUGGAAAAGAGUCAAUUGACAUCAAACGAUUCAUUGUUACAUCGGCCGAAGAUAAAGAAAAUUUCUCCAAAACUGGCACCAUACCAGUUGCAGGAGGAGGCAGUUCGUCAAGUAGUGUAGUAAAACCUGUAAAAUUUGAUGUAUCGAAAGUUAGGAUCUGGAAUCACGAUGACGUUGAAUUGCCGCGUUUUGAUGAAAUAACCCACGCUGAAAUCGGUAAAUGGGCCAUUUUUAAGGAAACAAAUGAUCAUUCGGAUGUUUAUUUUGCUCUUGAAUUACAAAUUAUUCCGGAAGAAUAUUUUUAUCAGCAAGCGAAUAGUGAUUAUCAAUUUCGUUUUCGUUACGAAAAGCAGACCAUCGUCAGUUCAAAAGGAAAAACGUCAGUUAUUCAGUAUGCAUUCAGUAACGAUAUCAAUGAAUUGCAUCAAUUAUUUGCAUCUUAUUACUAUCGUAUUGCAACAAUGCCUCGAAUAACACGCAUUCGAGAUUUAUUACCUGAUAAAUUGGGUUCGAAAUUGCUGUUACGCUCAUUGUUUCUGCAUCGAAUUGACACACAAAUGCUUAACGAUGAUGUUUGUCAGCUGAUCGAGUCACUUUGGAUCGAAUCUAUUGGAGAUUUGAACAAACUUCUAACUGUUCCACCUGAAUCGAUCGCUUUGAAAGCAAUUAUUGAAGCUGAGGCAGCUUUACUGGAAAUCAAAUCAAACGAUGAAUCAGCAUCAGAAGCGCAAACGCGUUUUUACUCACUGAUUCCUCAUCGACAGCCGCAUGUCGUCGAUCUUGUUAAAAAUCGACGAACUUUGAUUGACAAAAUCGAUUUGUGUCAGAUGUUACGUGACAUGCUUACUAUCAAUGAAUUGACAAAUUGGAAUAUUAAAGCAUCGAUCGAAGCGAAAUAUCGUGCAUUGAAAUGUCACAUUGAAAGUAUUGAGAAAGAUAGUCAUGAGUAUGCCACAAUUAAUAGUAUGAUACAUUCGUCCACGAAUUCGAACGAAGAAGUUAUCGUUCAUCAGAUUUUCAGCGUUGCUAAACAAACCGAUGCGUUGAAUUUUCGUUCGACACUGUUCAAUCAACGACAACUUUUUCAUGGUUCGAAAUACAAUAAUUUUCUGGGCAUUCUGUCACGUGGUUUAAUGUUGCCGAAAUUGGUCGUCGAUGACUUGGGAGUGACUCGUACUGAUUUCGGAUGUCUCGGAUAUGGAAUCUAUUUUUCGGAUUCGGUUUCUACAUCUCUAAAAUACACAACACCGAGUACAACGCGUCCUGGUCGCCGAUUACUAUGUAUAUCUCAAGUAGCAUUAGGUGAAUCAGCGAAAUACUAUUCCUAUGCAGCAAAUUUAACACAAGCACCCGAAAAUUUCCACAGUACACAUGGGAUAAAGAAGACCAGUGACAAUAAUUCGAAGUUUAUUGAUGACGAAUAUGUUAUUUAUAAUCUUGACCAACAGCGAUUAUUGUAUAUUGUUGAAGUUUCAUGGAAACCACAUGAUAAUACCGAUCAAGUAUUGAAAGUAUUACCGAUUGUUCGUGAUUCUUUACUUAAUCAACUUCAUAGCAUGAAAAGUGAAAUCGUUGUACCAUCAUCAAUCGAAGAUGAAGUAAUUCAAGUAGCCGAACAAGAUUAUGGUUUAAUUUGUCCAUCAUCUGGUCAACUGGUUCCAUUGAAAGCGUUCCAUAUUCGUGCUCAACUUGUCGAUGUAACUGCUGAAGUUGUUCUCUACCAAGUUUAUCACAACACAAGUUCAGUGCCGAUCGAAGCCAAAUAUGUAUUUCCACUGGAUGAGAACUGCUCCGUUUGUGGUUUCGAAGCUCAUAUUAAUAACAAAGUUAUCAAAGGUGUGGUCAAAGAAAAGGAACAAGCAAAACGUGAAUAUCGUGAAGCAAUUGAAAAAGGUCAUGGUGCGUAUUUGAUGCAUCAAGAACAACCUGAAGUGUUCAGUGUGUCCGUUGGUAAUCUACCAGCCAAUUGCGAAGUGGUCAUCAAAAUUACUUAUGUCGCCGAAUUACCUAUUGAGAAUAACGAUAUUAUCUUUCGUUUUCCAGCCAAGGUAGCUUCAUGGCAAUCGAAGCAAGCUCUAGAAUCGAAGGAUCAAACCAUACUCCCGUCCAUUAGUCUUGAACGAGAUGAUUCGCUAAUGAAAUCGGUAGAGUUUAGCUUGAAAGCAUCUGUGCGCAUGCCGUAUGAAAUCAGUAAAUUAUUCUCUCCAACACAUCGUCUUCGUCGGAAAGUAACCGAUUGUGUAGCGAUGAUCGAAAUGGUUGACAACGUUCUCUUAGACAAAGAUUUUCUUCUCUCGAUAGCACUGAAAAAUAUCAAUGUACCACGCAUGUUGAACGAAACAUACACUGUUUCUGAUGAAAAUAAUAACGUUGAGAUGAAUGAUGAACAAUCUCAAGCGUGUAUGUUGACAUUUUAUCCAAAAUUCGAAAUGACAACUAAUACGAAUGAAUUCGUGGAAGUUAUUUUCAUUAUUGACGUGUCGAACUCGAUGGAUGGACAGCAUGUACAACAAGCCAAACAGUUGGCACACCUAUUUCUAACAAACAUGAAAAACGACGAUGCAAACAUUUAUUUCAAUAUCGUUACAUUCGGAUCAGAUAAUGAUGAAUGUUUUCCAAUUUCCUUACCAAAUACAAAGGAGAACAUCGAUAAGGCAAAGCAUUUUGUUCUGCAUUCGCUUGAUCAUCGUGGUAAUACUGAUCUUUUCACUGUACUUCGUCAGUAUUCUCUUUUACCAUCUCCAUGUAAACUUGGCCGACAAUUUAUUCUUCUCUCCGACGGGCAUGUCAAUGAUCUGAAUUCGAUUCUGACUUUACUAGAAAAUCAAUCGUCUAUGAAACAUGAUCGUUUCUUUACCUGUUCAAUCGGUGACACAUCAAAUAAGCAUCAACUCAAACAACUAGCUAACGGAGCACAUGGCGGUGGACUGACCACUGUGUUUGAUUCAAACUUCCGUUCACGAUGGAAAUCAAAAGUUCUUCUCAUUCUCGAACAUAUUCGUCAACCAUGUGUAACCAACAUAUCAAUUGAUUGGCAUGGAACUAUCGAAAAUGAACAGGUGAGAUUUACCAAUCAAGCACCAAAUAUAAUCCGUUCAUUAUUCAAUGGUAUGCGUUUAACUGUGUAUCGUUUCAUUCAAAAUUGUCAUAAAGCCACCUUGACAGCAAUGAUUAACGAUCAAGAAUUUGUUACUACUGUGUUUAGUAAUAAGAUGACUGAAACAAAAGGACGAAUUUUACAUUGUUUGACUGCACGUGCGAUUAUACAUGAUUAUGAAAAUGGUUUGUUGCAUACCGAUGAAAGUGAAAACGAGCUGAUCAAAAAACAAUAUAAACAAGAUCUAAUUGAUUUAAGCGUAAAAUAUUCAGUCGUCAGUUCAUUUACAAGUUUUGUAGCAAUCGAAGAACGAGAUCGUGAUGAAGUACUUGAACCAGGUGUUCGACUACUUGAUGUAAUGCUUGAAUCAGAUAUUGAUCUAUUACCAUAUAUUGGCUGGGAUGGUGAUCGAUCCCAAAUAGAGAUAGUGAAAGAGAAGCUAUUGAAUGCCAAACGUUCAUUUGAAAAUGCUUCGAUUUCGAACAAACUUGAAUUAACUCAGGAGUAUGAGAAACUUUGUCAAAAUAUAUCGUACCGGUCGGGUGGUGAUGCUAAGUAUGAUUUAAUGCUAGCAAUUAUUGACACGUACCGAACAACAUUGAAAGAUAAUAGUAAAGCGUUGGAAUUGGAAGAAAAAAUUCAACUUGAACUAUCGAAUGAAGUAAAGAGCGCAACGGCUGACGAACGGAAAAUACUAGAGAAACGUCUGGCAGAAAUCAAUGCACGUAUUAAUAUGGCGGAAUCAGAAAUUUCGUAUGACAAUAGCGAAGAUGAAGAGAGUGGGGAAGAAGACGAAAGCGGUAACGAACAUCUUUCUUGCUUAAAGAUUGCUUGCAAUACAAAUCUCUUCAAUAUAGACGAUGAAUGGUGUGACGAGGGCGAAAGAGAGUGUCUAAGUCGAUCGUAUUCUCUUGACGAAGAGAGAAAAAAAGAUUCUGAUGUAAUUGAUCGAAUUGAAUGCCACAUCGCAAGAGCAACUUCACCAGUUAGAGAGUACUGUACAUCUCCUGGAGCAGAUGAUUAUGAUGAUGCUGAUGAUAGUGAUGGUGAUGUGGGCUGGGAUCUCUUUGAAGCUGAUAAGUCUGCGUCAGUUUUGUUAACUAGCUUGAGUGAAGUGUCUAGACCUAUGAAGCCAACUGCAGCUGCAGCAGCAGCACAGCCGGUUGCUAGCAAAGAAAAAGGCAAGAAGGAAGCCGAGGAAGAGGAUGACGAGGAUGCAGACUGUAUGGGCUUCGGUCUGUUCGAUGAUUUUUCACCGCUUACAUCACUUUCUCCAGUAAAUCGUCACAAACAGGAUGCGCAACUUGACAAAGCUGUGGAUCCAUUUGCAACCAAUGCUCGCCGUUUAAUGCCAGAUAUAGAAGAACAUUCACUAGAAAUAGCAAUGCCCGCUUCUAACGCGCUUGUGACACCCAAGUCGAAAUCUAUGAUCACAUCACAAGAAAAGAUACAAGUACCUACUAAAAAGGAUCGUAAAUCAGCAAUUGCUUCUAUAAUAACAAAAAAGGCAGUCUUAGAUGAUAAAGAAAGUACCACUUUUACCGAAACACAAUUCCCACAACAACAACAACAACAGCAACAAAUUCCAAUGAACCCUUUCACAUUCCCUCAACAGUCAUUUUCGUUUGGUUCUACAAACGCAAAUUCGUUGUUUUCUAAUCAAGGCGCUGUGCCCACAGUAGCACAGUCAACACCAUUCUACAACAACACCGCUGCACCACCCUUACAUUCAUUCACAGCCUUCACAUUCAACAAUAAUCAACAUUAUUCUUCCUCACACCCUGAUUUACCAUCACCUCGUCAGACUACUACUACUGGGACAUCUUCAUUUGGUACAUUGGAAAAUGCUGCGUCUACGUUUUCUUCGCCAAACUAUUCACCAUACAGUCCUUCUUAUCCAAAUCAAAGCAGUUCGUACACUAGUGUACCUCCACCGCCGCCAUCAUUCGCUGUACCCGUACCUUCUGGACUGUUUGGUAGUGGCACAAGUAGUACAAGUAACUUAUUUGGUGGCUUCAUCGCACCAGGAUUAUCAGUACCACCACCACCACCACCACCUCCACCUUCGCAGACUUUUGGAAUGUUUGGUGGCUUCGCCGCGCCAGGAUCAUCAGUACCACCACCACCACCACCUCUGCCUCCAUCUUCGCCGACUUCUGGACUGUUUGGUAGCUUCGUGGCACCAGGAUCAUCAGUACCACUACCACCACCACCACCUCUGCGUCCAUCUUCGCAGACUUCUGGACUGUUUGGUAGCUUCGUGGCGCCAGAAUCAUCAGUACCACCACCACCUCCACUUUCGCAGACUUUUGGAAUGUUUGGUAGCUUGGUGGCGUCAGGAUCAUCAGUACCACCACCUCUGUGUACAUCUUCGAAGACUUCUGGACUGUUUGGUAGCUUCAUGGCGCCACGAUUAUCAGUAGCACCACCACCACCACCACCUCCACCUUCGCAGACUUUUGGAAUGUUUGGUAGCAACUUAGCAUACGAGGGUGUACCUUCUGUAUCAAAAUCAGAUAAUGAUAGCUCACGGUCUUCAAUGAAAUAUUCAUUUUCGCCUAGUAUUUUUGAAAAAGCACAGGAAAACGACGCGCUAAAGUCUGUGCAAACUAGCUGGAUGCAACCAUCAGGGCGAGGCAGAGGCAGUGCAUCUCCGAACGCAAGCGCUCGAUUCUGUGAUUUACGCAACGAUCGUAGUCGUACCGACUCGAUAGAAUCUAUUACAUUCGACCGGACAAGUAGAUAUGAUGAUUUAUGUGCCAGAAAGAAAUCAAAAUCUAAAUUGAAGCUCGAGUCGACAAAAGUUAGCGGCCAUGUUGAAGAUCAUGCACAAAAUCUCUUGCUACUUGAUGUUACACCACUUAGUUUAGGCAUAGAAGAUGUCAACGGUGAAAUGUGUACAAUUAUCAGUCGCAAUCGUACAAUCCCAACGAGAUCAGCAGUCUAUUCUAUAUUCACUAAUGCUUAUGCCUAUCAGACGAACGUUGUCAUUCGUGUUUUUCGUGGUGAACAUAGACUGACGAAAUACAAUACUUUUAUUGGUGAACUGAUUUUGAAAGGCGUAACAUCGAAUUUUGCUUCACAAACAUUACAGAUCUCAAUUUUCAUGGAUAUCGAUGCGAAUGAUUGGUUUGAAGUUCAUGCAGAAGAACCCCGAUCAGGUGCUAAAGCAAUGAUUAGAAUCGAUCUAAAUAAUUUUAAACUCAGCGCAGUUGAUAUUGAACGGCAUUUGAACUACGUCGAGAGUAACGCUGAUCACAAAGCUGCGAAUUUUGAAUACGCACAAGCGAAUAACAAUCGAUUCAUGCUCAAAGGUGAUACUGAAAACACGUCCGUUAGUUUUACAGGCGGUACAGAUGAUUUAAAUAAUCUUCUUAACUUCCAACGACCAAAAAGUCUCACAUUAACUUCAACAGUGAUAAAUGAAUUGAAACGAAUUCAAUUACCCAACGGAUCAUUCGAGAUCAAUGAAGAUUUCGCGAAGUUAUUCUCGUUUCCAAUAGAAAACUUCGAUAAGCUUAAGAAAUAUUUCAUUUCACAAGGUUUCAACUCAUUUGCUUUGAGUGUACAAAAGGAUAUCAUGCAACUGAUUGCCACUGGUAUCGUUCUUCUACAAUUGUUAUUCCAAGUGCCAGUAUCAGAACGAAAGGAAUAUUUAGUUCCAUUUGAUAGCGAACAAAUAAAAUCGAUUUUUCAUGGUCAUUUGCCAAAAACUUUAAUAGAAAACGCGAAUAAAAUGGUUGAUUUUUAUAAACAAAAGCGUUCACAGUGUGGAAUUUAUUGCGAACAAUUAGAAUUGAAAUACUCAUCAUGGGAAAAAUUCAUCCAGGUUACCAACAAAUUCGAUAUCGUACGUCAUCCGUUUUCGUCGAAUCAAUUCAUAAUGCAAGCCAGCCCUGCCCUUGAAAAACUUAAAGGUACCUGGGAAUACGUCGAUGGUGAACACUUCGACGAUUACAUGAAAGAACUCGGUGUUGGUUUUGCUCUUCGUCAAUCAGCCAAAUUAGUCAAACCAAAAUUAAUCAUUCAGGAAAAUGGAGGUAAAUGGUCACUCAAAAGCGAAUCAACACUCAAAUCAGCUUCAUACGAAUUUAAACCUGGCUGCGAAUUCGAUGAAACACGUCUUGAUGGUGAAAACGUCAAAUCCACAGUUAAAUUUGAAAACGACAAAUGGGUACACACCAUGCGUGAUAAGAAUGGUAAAGAAUCAACAAUCACACGUUGGGUUGAUGAAAAUGGUCAACAACAAAUUGUAAUGAAAGCUGGUGAUGUCACCGCUCGUCGUUGGUACAAACGUGUCGACUAG